CUCUCCGGCCGGGCCCCCCUAUGGACGAGCACCGGAGCCUGCUGCGCUCGCCGGCCGGCUCGUCCUCCAGCAGGCACCCGCGGGGCGGCGGCAGCAGCAGCAGCCACCACAACCCGGGCUACACCGAGCCGCCGCCCCCCGAAGCCCCCCAGCCCGGCCCCGAGCAGGAGGAAGGCGAGAAAGGGGAGGGCGGCAUGACCGUGGUGGUGGGUGGGGGGGACCCGCUCCUGGAGGAGCCCCAGCACCCCCACCCGCUGCGGGCGGGGGAACGCUACGACCACCCCCCGGCCCACGUCCCGCCGGCCCCCGGCCACCACCCGGAGCACGAGUGCUGCGAGCGGGUGGUGAUCAACAUCUCGGGCCUGCGCUUCGAGACCCAGCUCAAGACCCUGGCCCAGUUCCCCCAGACCCUGCUGGGCGACCCCCGCAAGCGGAUGCGCUACUUCGACCCCCUGCGCAACGAGUACUUCUUCGACCGCAACCGGCCCAGCUUCGACGCCAUCCUCUACUACUACCAGUCCGGGGGCCGCAUCCGGCGCCCGGUCAACGUGCCCAUCGACAUCUUCUCGGAGGAGAUCCGCUUCUAUCAGCUGGGCGAGGAGGCCAUGGAGAAGUUCCGGGAGGACGAGGGCUUCAUCCGCGAGGAGCAGAGGCCCCUGCCUGAUAAGGAGUUCCAGCGCCAGGUGUGGCUCCUCUUCGAAUACCCGGAGAGCUCCGGGCCGGCCAGAGGCAUUGCCAUUGUCUCAGUCCUCGUCAUCCUCAUCUCUAUCGUCAUCUUCUGCCUGGAGACCCUGCCUGAGUUCAGGGACGACCGUGACUAUGAGGGGACAGGGGGGACCUUCGGCACGAGCAGCGGCCCCUUGGCAAUGGACGUCUUCACCAACUCCUCCUCCUCAGCUGUCUCGAUGGUGUCGUCCUUCACCGACCCCUUCUUCGUGGUGGAGACACUGUGCAUCAUCUGGUUCUCUUUUGAGUUGCUUGUCCGCUUCUUUGCCUGCCCCAGCAAGGCCACCUUCUCCAAGAACAUCAUGAACAUCAUCGAUAUCGUGGCCAUCAUCCCCUACUUCAUCACCUUGGGCACGGAACUGGCUGAGAGGCAGGGGAAUGGCCAGCAAGCCAUGUCCCUGGCCAUCCUCAGGGUCAUUCGGCUUGUCCGGGUCUUUCGCAUCUUCAAGCUCUCACGACACUCCAAAGGGCUGCAGAUCCUGGGGCAGACCCUCAAGGCCAGCAUGCGGGAGCUAGGCCUCUUGAUAUUUUUCCUCUUCAUCGGCGUCAUCCUCUUCUCCAGCGCCGUCUACUUCGCUGAGGCGGAUGACCCCACCUCAGGCUUCAGCAGCAUCCCGGAUGCCUUCUGGUGGGCGGUGGUGACCAUGACCACGGUGGGCUAUGGGGACAUGCACCCAAUUACCAUUGGGGGCAAAAUUGUGGGGUCCCUCUGUGCCAUUGCCGGGGUGUUGACCAUUGCCCUUCCUGUGCCUGUGAUAGUCUCCAACUUCAACUACUUCUACCACCGGGAGACCGAAGGCGAGGAGCAAGCCCAGUAUCUGCACGUAGGGAGCUGCCAGCACCUCUCCUCUACGGAGGAGUUGAGGAAGGGGCGUAGCAAUUCCACCCUGAGCAAGUCGGAAUACAUGGUGAUAGAGGAGGGGGGAAUCAACAACACUGCAUUCAAACAGGCUGCCUUUAAGACGGGCCACUACACGGCUACAAACAAUCCCAAUUGUGUGAACAUCAAAAAGAUCUUCACUGAUGUUUAAAAAAAACAACCCAAGCCUCUGAGGAAAUGUUGAAAUAAUAAUAAUAAUAAUGCCAAGUGACCAUGUAAUCAGUAUUAUCUGGAACAUGCAUCAUCAUUGGUCUGUAUGCGCUCUUGUUUUACACCUAUAUUUUUUAGAUCAUUCCUUUUAAAGAACAAAGACGAGGAUUACAAAAUAAUCGGAAGAUAAGAGGGUGGGGGUGGCUGUGGAAAGGAAGAUAACACGCUCCCCGUUGAAACAGGUGUUUAUUCUGCAACACAUUGCAGGGCUGCUUUAUGGGGGGUUUUUUUGGACAGCUUGCCUCUUUUCUCCUUUUUGCAAAGAGCGGCUGUGUAGCCAAUUUCCCUUUCGAUCACACACACAUGCACCUGUUGGACUGAAAACCGUGAGUCAGAAGGGAAGAAAUAACAUUAUAUUGCAGAGCCUGUUUGCAGGCAAGGGGAGGGAAUAACCAUUUAAUUUUGCAAAGCAUCUCUGCUACCACAUUGUUAAAUGAUGCUUAAUAUUGAACGUGUAGUGUAUGUCCUUAAUGGGCACAUCUUUGAUUUCUUUUCUUCCCCAGCCAGAUCGUCUAUGAAAUUCUAAUCUGUUCAGAAACCCAAGUAUAAUCAGUUUUGUUUUAAUCAGAAAAAUGCCCCCAUUCUCUAUUCCUAAUUCCCUUCUCCCACUACUGUAUGGAAUUGUUUCUUCCAACCCGAAAUUCCUGGCUGCAUGGUGUGUAUGGGGAAAUGUUCUUCCCACAUGGAAAGGUUUAACAAUUGACUAUCCAAACAGCAUCCUGAGUGUUUGAACAUCCUAUGAUGCCAAUGCAGAUUGGGGAUAGUUAAGCUCCCAUUAAAUCAGUAAUGGGCUUUUUGAAGCGGCUGCAGCCUCAAACAAAACCUAUCAAGAGCCUAGAAACAAAGGGGGGGGCGGGUAUUUCUGUCCAUUUCCAAUGCAUCUGAGAUAAUCGUCUGCAUCUAUCACAAGAAGAUUAAAGUGACAAAAUCCUUCCAGCGGAAGUUACUAAUUCGGACCUGAGUGAUGCAGUUUCCAUAGCAACCCUGGUUUCCUGGGAAACCCCAAAAGGUUGUCAUGGUAUCCCUUCACCGCAUCCCCCUUCAUCCUGUGCUGUUUCCACAGUAACCCUUCCAGAUGGUUCCAACUUCUGUGAUUCCACGGAAAAGCCGCUGCCCUGGUAAACCGCACACAUACAUACAGAGAGUUAAUCCUGGAGAGAUUUAGGAGUAGAAAGUAGUCAUUAUCCUAGAUGCAUGCAUGGUUCUUUAGAUCUGAAACAUUCCUGAAAUCCUGGUACCUAGCGAAUCAAGAAGCAAAAUGAUCAUCCCUGGAAUGCUGCUGCGCACAUGUGCUGAAUAAAACACCUGUUCAUAGGCAAUAAACGCAACAAACCUCCAAAUUACCCUUGCUAUCCAGUUAAUAUUUGGGCAGUAAAACUGAAAAUUGAUUCUCUAUAUGCAAAUCUAUACAUCUGCUCAGGAGUUCUAGAAAGGCGAUCUCAUCCCUGAUGGAAUAAACCAUACUUAAACGUAUGGUACGUGAAGGAGAUUUUUCAAAAAACCCUCCCUCCAACACCAAACAGCAAUUCCACUUGCAACUGUAUAUGGCACUGAACAACCAGACAGGAAACUUUUUAACGCAAAAGGCUAUCAAUUUUUUGACACUGGGGAUGUGUGGAUGCGGAGUAAGCAGAGAUCUAUAAAGUGCAGGGGUGCAAAGUAACCAAAACCCUGUGGGAAAAUAUGCCUGCCUUGUCUCAUCCAAGUCAGCAGCCGUGGAACAUCAGACAGAAACAGGGCACGAAGAUUUCAAAGGUUCUUAAAGGGGAUCUGUGCGCAAGAUGUGUUCCACUUUGCCUUAAAAAAAAAAAUCCAAACACUUUCUUUCAAAGCUGUUAUUUACCCUGCCCAACAGAAAACAGAAGUCAUCUCAACGUAAGAGCUACAAAACUAUAGCUGGCCAGUAAAAUAUUUAUUAAAAGAAUCAGACACAUCAAGAAUGCAGUGACUAGUUAUAUUCUGAACAUCAUGGACUGAACGGAUGGAUGGAUGGAUGGCCUACCCUAUUAUGUAUGCAGUACUUUAACUUCUUGUGACAUAAAGAGUUCUACAUGUUAUCUGUGUUUUUUAAAAAGUGCAUUAUGUAGAAGGGAACAUCUUUUCAGCCAGAAGAUUAUCUUCAAACCAGGUGCAAUAUAAUAAUGAGACCGAACAAAGCCAGGAAAAGGCAGAAGGGGGCAGAAAGUCACGUGGACCUUAUUUCAGCCUUUUAAAAAAAACAACAAAAACCCCAUACACUCAUGAAAGAUUAAACAACCAGAAUGGAAAUGUUAAACAAAGCAGCUAAUAAACAAUCCAAAUGUUUUAUUUGUAACAAUUUAGCUGCUCUUGCUGUUUUAUUUCAAAUGACUUUAUCACAGGCUGUGUCCAGCCAUGAGAAAUGAAUGAGUAAUGUUCUAUUUUUCUGUGAAAUGUUAGUUAUAACUAGGUAUGUUCUGUACCAAAGGAUUUCCAGUUUACUCUAGCCCUCAUUACACUAGGAGAAAAGGGUAACAUCAUCCACUGAUGCCGAAGAGGAAGGCGUUGAAGCAUCAGCUAACAAGCUGUGCCUGGCUUUAAAAAGCAAUUCAGUUUAAAAGAAAAACUAAAGUGUCCGGGUCGAUAGCUGUGGGAGCUAGGGGUGACUAAUAGUGACCCUAGCAUCACCAUAAUUCACUCCUCAUUUCACAGACAUCAAUUCUCCCUCUUCUACAGUAUGUUGAACGUUAUCAGGAGUGCAUAUUAUAGUAUUGGUUUAUAAUACUAGAAUAAAAAAGGAGUCCGUAACGUUAUUUAUGUAACAACUGCUGUUUUAUUUUACAUCAGUUCGUUAUUUUCCCACUGACAUCCAGUGCACCGAGGUUAAAGAGAGAUGCAGCAAAUCAUUCCUUUAGCGCGCUGAUAAAGUGGAACCUCUCGCAUUUGGAGUGAUGUCUGAGAGACACGCUGCCGACGACAAUGUUGUCAGCAAGUAGGCGAGCAAUUGCAGAGGGAAGGAGAGUGCCUCACAAAGAAUCCUUUGUUCAUUUACUGACCAUUACGAUACUUGGUUGUUUUUGCUAGUAACACUAGUGUAUUAAAUAAAGCCCAGAUUUUAGCUUAUGGUCGAGGAGCCUACAGCAUCAAUCGGGGAAAUGGAUGUGAAAAGAUAGCAUAAAGCUCACCUUUACAUUCCCACCCCGACUGUAUACGAGUCGGGUCCCAUGGUAUAAAUUAUGCUGGCUGGAAAGGACUUAGGGAACAUCUACACAGCAAACAAACUUCGGUGGCUGGCCUGGAUCAGCUGACUCAGACUCACAGGGCUCUGGCUGCAAAACCGCUAUGUAAAUAGCAGCUAGGGAUUGAGGAAUGCAGGGAAGUCCUGAGAACACCUUCAACCCCACCAGCAGCAGGAAGUGGGAUGGCCUAGGGGCUGUUGACUGAUUGUGCCACCACAGUAUCCCCAGCACUGGUUACACUAGCACCCGCUCGUGUCAGGAGCUGCACGCCACAGUGAAGACACUUGUCCAAACCCUGCUCUGGCACAUGGGACUUCAGUACAGCAUCCUCCGUGCUGAACUCUUUGCUCCGAAGCGUGGGAAGAUGCCACGGUGGGGUAGGAAUCUUAAGGUGUGCAGAUCAGCGAGGUGCAAUUGUAAUCACUGCUUAUUGGGAAAACUAGCAAUAGGCCUUCCUCUUCCUCCUCCUAAUAUAUAUAGCACCCAGCUGCAUUCUAAGCAAGGGAUUCUUCUCCCCGUCCAGAAGCGUAGCCACUUGGGAGAUCAGAUGCGUGGGUGUGAGGAGCACUAGCUCAUCUGCUGUGCCUGUUUUCCCUAGGACAGUACAGGGAAAUAGCAGCUCUCUGUAUUUUGAUGAUGGGACUCCAGCAAAGCCAAACUGCGAAGAGGCAGACAAGCCCCCAUGUGUUGCUCUAAAAAGUUUCUCCCCGCCCAGAGUUCGUUUUCAGACAUUCAUCCCCCUGCAUCGCUCCAUCUGACACCUUGCCGACAUCCACUCAAAGCCGUACCAAACACGGACAGUACUUCGCAGGAGGAGUAGGGUUAUGACUGCAAUAGGUUUCGAGUCUUGUAUAAAAAGGAAAUAUCAUAGACAGGGCCCGAUCCAAAGCCUGUUGAAGCUGAUGGGUUUCGGAUGAGGCUCUGCAUGGUAUUACUUAAAAAAAAAUCCCAAAACACCCCACCCCAUUGUUUAUUUUUAACCACAUCACGGCAGCUGUUUUCGCAGAGGCUGCUUGUCAACCCAGAUUGAGACGGAGUUGGUUCUCUCUGCCGUGGGGGAUAGAGAAGCAACAGCAGAACCACCACCAUAUGAAGAAAUAGCAUGAACAGAGGCAGUGAAAGCAGGACGAGUGGAGACUCUCUGUUGGGGCCGUUAUUCUCUUUUGGGUCAGUAUCCCAAGAGCAUUUUCAAUGUAUAUGAAAUUCAGCUGUUACAGGAAACAGAAUAAAGACCAUUGUCUAUUGUACAGUUGGCUAGAACAAACAUCCCCAUCUUUCCAACUAAUGGUAAAGUGUGCUUGGAGUGGAAGCUUACACACACACACACACACACACACACACUCUCUCUCUCUCUCUCUCUCUCUCUCUCUCUCUCUUCAAACCAGGAUACCAGGCAAUCAGGCCAUGUGCGAGAAAUGCUUUCAAACGGGACUCUAAGUCCAGAAAAACAUUUAAAAAAAAUAAAUAUCCUACCCACCCUGGCAUACAGGCUCUACAAAACAAAAAUUUCUUUAGAGAGAAUUUUUUAGGCUACGAAGUCAACCGAUUGGCCUGUGUUUCACUUUGCACUGGAGCUAUGAAGAGGAAUCAAACUGAAAUUAACUUCUUCAAAACCUUGGGUUUGGGCUGGAUCGACAGGGGCCUGUUUGUAGUUCACAAUUGCCAGCCUGGUCUGAUUGUGAGGCCUGGCUGUUGUAAGAUCCUCCUAAUGCACAACUGGUGCUCAGUUUAUAAAAUUAGCUGUUGGUGGUAGGGAAUAAUUUCCUUGAAGGGACAUGGCUAAUCUUGUUUAGGCCUCAAAACUUAUCUACCUGAAAACUGUCCAGGCCUUUAAGAACAAAACAAAAAAAGCCACAUACACACAAACCUCACCCCCGCAAAAUCCUUUUCUUGAAUUCUUCCCUUCCCUCCCCCAAAGUAAAGAAAUAUUUCUGCUAGUGUCACCAGACCAGAGGCCACAGGGUGAAUGCCCAUAUACCGUGACCAUCAUCAUUCAUUAAGGCAGGUCUUCUGGUUCCUGAAGACAGUGGUAACUGGAGCUGGGAGUCUGUGUAGGGGGGAACCUGGCAGAGAGUUUGUUCAGUGCACAUGGCCAGUCAGGGGUGUGAAGGAAGGAGAAGGCUAAGAGAAUGAGCAGAACCCUUGAUCAUUGGUGGCUGAGUGGGCUUCUCCAAGUGAAAUCCUCCCGUUUUGGAGAUUAAGAUAGAGCCUUGAGGUUGAGGGUCCAGGACUUUGGAUUGAGCUAGAGGUGGUAGCAAUGGAAGGGAAGAGGUGGCUGAACAGGAAGAGACUGUUUGCUUGGCUAUAAAGCCGGGACAUAGUAAGAUGGAAAGGGAAGGAGGAAGCGUUUGGAAAACAAUUGGCCCUGCAGUUUGUGGAGUUCCUGGCACCAGUUCAAAGUCAGAAUGGCAGGAUGUUCGAACCCCCAUCGCCACUGUACCAGUGGCUCCACAAAGCAGAAGGGAGUGGAGUCCCCAGGCCUUUGGGUUGUAUAAAGAGAAGAGAAUGAGCGUGCUGGAGCAUCCAGGCAUGACGUGGCCACAAUGAGGUACCACGCUAGUCCAUGCGAGUCAGGCAAAUGCACCAGGCCCAGCCCUCCUCUCAUACGACCUUUCCCCCAGGGCUACUCCGCAGAGUUUAAUGGAACUGCUCCUGAUUCACACCAGCAGGAGAGCAGUGAGGCCGAAGAUCCGCAAGAAAAGGGGCGUGUUGUAUAAAUGGAGGGUGCCAAACUGAACCCUUCUGAGUUUAUUAAAAAAAAAAACUUUUUGGGUCAAUUAAGCUCAGUCCUGAAACCGUUUGAUCGCUAAUAGGAGUUAGAGCCCUUAGCACCUUUUAAAUGUGUAUGAAAAGAGCUAGCCGAAGGAGAGUUUCAAAAGCAGCUGAGUGAUUUAGGAGCACAACUCCCAUUGACUUUCAGCAUAACGCAUGCUCCCAAAUCUCUUAGUGGCUUUCGGAAAAAAAGCCCCAAACCUCCCCCUCUAGAGACUGAAAUGCUGCUUGUCCACAGACCAGCAUUGCCUAGAGGUGAAAGGUUCCGUUUUCCAUUAUCAAUCCCUGGAGGUAUCCAAUCCCAGAAACUCUGCUUUACGGAAUGAGGCCUUGCAAAGUAACACAGAUAAGUACAUUUAAAAAAAAUAAAUAAAAUAAAAUAAAAGACAUUGGGCCAGAUCCUCAGCAAGUUUAACUUCACUGGAGCUGGGCUGAUUUACACGAGGCUAGGAUCUGGCCCUUAAACUAAGCCCAUAUCCCUUUAACUUCCUCUGUAUAUUUUUUCCUUCAUAUCUGUAGAUUCCCACAGGUCUUCUCUCAAUGCCAGCUCCCUCCUAUCAGAGCUAUUUGUGCAUCAGCUUCCUGACCUGUCAAUGAGCCCUUACAGGGUUGAAAACAAAGCCGAGUUAUGUGGCCCGAGCCUGGUAGGUAACACUCCUCCCCCCACGAGUGUCUCACUUGCAGUGAAGAAUCUCAGGAUUCUUGGGUUCUUGUGGGUAGGAUGUUUCAGACUGAAAAGAUGGAGCUUCUUUGCCCAGUGGGCAGGAUUCUCAGAAAAGGUUUAAGUCACUUAGUGGCACGCACACCAUUGAAAAAAAAAUAAAUAAAAUCAGUAGUUGACAGAGUAAGGCUGGAGAUUUUUCAAAAGGGCCUAAGUGAGUGAGGCACCCAAACCCCAUUGAAAUUCAAUGAGAGCUAGAUACCUAACUCCCUUAGGAUGCCAAAAGUAACAGUAAGAGGAAAUACUUCAAAGCACCUGGCAUAAUUUGACCAAAAGGAUGUGUGUCCAACACAGAGACAGUCUUACUCUGCACCCGGCCAAUAUUUAAAUCAAAGGAUCUGACACAUGGGGGCCAGAUUCUGAUCUCAUUUCCACUGGCAUAAACUAGAGCUAUUCCACUGACUUCAGUGGAUCUGCUUCUGAUGUAGCUGAGAUCAGAAUCAGGAGCCCUGGCUCUUGAUUUGGUGUAAUUUAUGGUCUCGCUCUCGAAUACUAAAAUGUUUGUUUACAGUGUUUCCUGCUGCUUAAUAUGCUUGCGGGGUUGGACUCUUGAGUCUUAAAAUGAAAUGAACAAAGGCUUCAGCAGAUUUGAAGUGAGCCUAAAGCCACUUGUGAAAGCACUUUUCCACCCCGUGAACAUUCAGGAAUCGAUUGGAUUGCAAACACAGGCAGAGUAUCAGUCUAGAGUCUGAUCCAGCACCUCUCAAGUCACGUGGGUAGCCCUUGCUCACACGACUUCAGUAAGAUUACUUACACGAGUAAGGGGGACAGAUUGGAGCCACACGUUGGCAUGAG